AUGCACUGGCUGAUACCGCUCGUCUCUCACUCGGCCUCGUGCGCGUAUGGCAUACUGGGACGGAGCAUCACGCCCGUAGCUUUAGCAGUCAGCAUUGCUUUGGUGACCGCGCAAUCCUUCCAUCACUGGGGAGGUUUCUACAUCACCUUCGCUACCUUCUUCCUGACCAGCAAUGGCCUCACCAUCAUCUCACGUUAUACUGGAACCUCAUCUUUAAUCAAAGCGAAAACUCCUCGCAAUGCAGUUUAUCUUCUCGCCACCGCUCUGUUGCCGGCGGUCUUGGUUCUUGCACAUCAAUACUACCUGACACAGCGGCUGAAGGUCGUCAAAUGGUUCCUCAUCGAGAGAGCACCUGGCGGUUGUCUACCAAUUCCCUCUCGAACAAUCUACGAGCCGUGGAUUUACAAAUUCCACGAUGCCAUUGGAAACAACCUACCUUGGGGGAUUGUGGCCAUUUACGCCAUUGCGAUGUCGACCACUUUCAGCAACAGCCUCGGCAGUCCUAAAGCUCUUUCGAUCACCAACAUUUUGUUCGGCUCUCUAGGGGCUUUGCUCAUUGGCUUCACCGCGGCAUACUCGCUGCCAAUGUGUGAUGGGACGGUUGAGAGCGCUGAGCAUGUCACAGCAAGUGUUGACCGUGGGCCAGAAUGGGGCGAGCGAACGCCUAUGGAAUGGUCUAUUCAGGCACGGUAUCGCAUCUUUCCUGCUGCGAUCGCUGUGAUAGGAAUACUUGGUGUUUUGCUCGAGCAUGGUAUCACCAAAGGGCUCGUAGCAAGUACUAGUAAAAGUCCAAAGCCCAGUGAGGGUAAUGGGAAUGUGAAGAAGGGCAAGCAAGGAGCGAAGGCAUAUGUGCAAAGGGGAUCAGAUGGCAAUGAGCAUCUGGCGACCUUCUUGAUGAGCCUGGUCGUGACUCUGACGGUGGUAUUGGGUAUGGCGGUUUGGAGCUAUGUCGGAGCCAUGCCAAGGGGUGAAGACGCACCAGGGUUUCCGGGGUUCAGCUGA